GUUUGGAGAGAGACUGCCAACAUUGUGAAAGAAGGAUGUAACAUUCUCCCCUUUUAACUCCCACCUUGAUCUCUCUCAGUGGAAUAUGGAAGAAAAGAAGUGUGAAGAAGAUGGCACACUGAAUGAAGGCGGAGCUGAGAUUUCUAUUUCAGGUACAAACCAGCCAAGAGAUUUGCUCAAAGUGGAGUCUAAGCCAAAGCGUGUAGAAAUAUCAACUGUUGCUUCAGAUGUUAGAAGCAAUGAGGAUAAAAACUGGGAAAUUGAUGUUUUGAGAUCAUGCUGCACCUACUCUCCUAGUGUUGGUGCCAUGGCUUGUGAUGGACUUUGGAAGGUGUCAGUACCUGGGUAGUCAAAACCUAAUGACCAAGUGGAGGAAGGGAGAGUUGGCACCUAAGCAAAAAUAUUGGCACCUAUUUCUCAAGGCUCAAGGAUCAAGGAUGUCUAGAUCUCAGCUGAAGAUGAGCAUUUGUGGUUUGUGCAUGGUGUCAACACUCAGGACCCAAGUGUUGAGACCUUUAGUUGCUGACAGCUUUUUAUGUAUGCUGUACUUGUACCCAUACAUUGUAUGCUGAUCAUUUUUAUAGGGGAUGAUUUUGAUCUG